AUUUUCUUCCUACUUUUACAGGCUUUUUUUGGGGUGUAUUUUAUUUUGUGUGUGUGUUUUUUUCGCAAAGAUAAUGGAUCGAAAAGCAAUGAUAGCAGAUCGAAAAGCACGUUUUAAGCAUAUGGGUGAGGAUCAUGGUGAUAGCAAAGAAACAAUUGACAAAGUUAUAAAGGGAACUUCACCAUUAUGGAUUCAAUUAAUUAUUCUUCUGUUACGUGCAUGGUUUUUUAUAUAUGACUGCUUGAACUAUAUACCAUAUGAGUUAUUCAACUCACCCACUGCUAAAUUAAAACGAAGUGAAAGGAUAAAGGCAAGGCCAAUCAAGGAUCCUGAUAGCCCAUGGAUUAACGUUGAUGGUCCAGUCACUGAAGAUUUCCCUGGUGUAGAUACAGUUGAUAAACUAUUUACAUAUGUAGCAAUGCUGCAUGGUGACAUACCGGCGUUAGGCACCCGAGAACUGCUGGAAGUGUACGAAGAAAAACAGCCAAAUGGACGUAUAUUCGAAAAAUGGGUGAUGGGUAAUUAUAAUUGGCAAACUUUUGCCGAGGUUCAUGAAAAAAUUGGUCGAAUAGCUUCGGGUCUAAAAAAUAUGGUGGAAAAUGAUAGUCGAGCGGUGAUUUUUUCGGAAACUCGAGCUGACUGGUUCAUCACUGCGUUCUCUCUCUUCAGAAUUAAUGUACCAAUUGUAACAGUAUAUGCAACCCUCGGUGAAGAGGCAAUAGCUCAAGCAAUCAACGAAACUGAUUCGACAUUGCUGAUAACAUCAGCAGAACUUCUGCCGAAAAUCGCAGUGAUCGGGAAGAAGUGUCCGACAUUGCAGUCCUUAGUCUAUUUCCGUCCCGUGCAUCCUUCGAAGAAAAUUACCGUCAUGGAUAUCAUUAAGCAGCAGUUUCGAAGUGUCAUGUCAUUGGAUGAACUAGAAACUUGCAAAAAUACUGUUUCAGAAGUUUCACCAGCUGGACGAAAUGACAUAGCAAUGAUAAUGUACACAAGUGGUACCACUGGAGCUGCGAAGGGAGUGAUUUUGACGCAUUAUAAUAUCGUAUCAUCGGUGGCCGGAUUAGGCGCUGCACUACCUAUCAUCAACCACACCGACGUCUAUAUUGGGUAUCUUCCACUGGCGCAUAUCCUGGAGUUUGCGGCAGAACUGACCUGUCUGACGCGGAAUUGUCGUGUUGGAUACUCAAGUCCAUUGACACUUCAUGACCGUGGCGCUAAAAUUAAGCCAGGUACACAUGGAGAUUGCUGGGCUCUAAGACCAACAAUUUUGGCCACAGUGCCGGCAAUAAUGGAUAGAAUAUUCAAAGCUAUAAGUGACGAAGUUGCAUCAGCUCCACGUUUGAUGCAGGAACUUUUCCGAUUAAAUUAUGAACGAAAGCGGGCACGUUAUCAGGAAGGAUACUGCAGUCCAUUUUUGGAUAGAAUUGUUUUCAAAAAGAUUCGGCGUCUUUUGGGCGGCAAACUGCGAGGUAUAUUGUGUGGUGGAGCAGCACUGAAUCCAGAAACUCAACGUUUUAUGAAUAUUUGUAUGUGCUGUCCAGUUAUUCAAGGAUAUGGACUAACUGAGACAUGUGCAGCAGUUGCUAUCGCUGAUGUCAAUGACCUAAGCACAGGAACUGUCGGUCCACCCGUGCGUUGUUCACGAAUACUUCUUCGCGAAUGGAGUGAGGGAGGCUACACUCCGUUCAAUGAUCCACCUCAAGGUGAAGUUCUUGUCAGCGGUCCGAACAUAUCACCAGGCUAUUGGAAAGACACUGAUAAAACAGCUGAAGAUUUCGUGGUUAUUGAUGGUGUACGAUAUUUAGCUACUGGCGAUAUUGGUGAAUUUCGUGAAGAUGGGUCACUUCGUAUAAUUGAUCGAAAGAAAGACUUAGUAAAACUUCAACACGGCGAAUAUGUAUCACUGGCAAAGAUCGAGACUGCGAUGUUGAAUUGCCCUUUGGUUGACAAUAUCUGCUGUUAUGGCGAUUCAUUAUCGUCAUAUCUGAUUGCACUUAUUGUGCCUAACAAGAAACAUCUGACAGAAAUGGCUGAACAGUUUGAUAUCAAAACAUCAAGUUGGACUGAUUUGUGUCAUAAUGUGAAAAUUGUGAAGGAAUGUCAGAAACGUAUGGAGGAACAUGCUAUGAAAAAUCAUUUGUUGAAAAAUGAAUUGCCAGGAAAGAUCUAUUUAUGUGAUGAAAUAUGGACAGCUGAGUCUGGUCUUUUGACCGAAGCAAUGAAACUGAAACGUCGCCUAAUAAAAGAGAAAUACGAACAAGUUAUUGCACAGCUUUAUCGUGAUGAUUCUUAUAUGCGCUAAUAUGAAUGAUAUGUAAGUUGAAUAGUUCGUCUCCUGCAAAAUAGUUAUAUAUAAUGUCUUCGUUUCAUAUCGUCCAUUUUUGCUAUUCUCGUAGUUUUAAAAAUUCC